UAAUCAUGAAAACAACAAUCUUAUUAUUGCUGUAUAUUAUUAAUUAGGCAUAUUGCCAAUAAAAUGAUGAAAUCUUAGGAUAUAUGUAUGUGUUUGCUUAAGAAUGGCCAGGAUCUAUUUGCAAAUUUUAAAAGUGUACAAAAACAUAUAUGGGAAAUUAUGAUAAUGCUAGAUGGAAUACACAUGGAUUAUGGCCAAAUACAAUGUUACAAACUAGUUGUGGGAUGAUAUUUAAUUGCAAAGAUGAAGAAUAUGAUGAAGAUAAAUUAACAAUUGCUACUAAGACAUUAAUUGAUGUUACUUGGAAUGGUAUGUAUUCAGAUACAUUCACUUUCAGAAAGUAUUUGAUUAUAAUUAUUAUGUAGACAUGAAUGGGAGAAACAUGGAACUUGUCAUCCAGAUAAUCUUUCAUAAAAUGGUUAUAUGUCAAGAGUUGGAAAUCUUAAUAAUCAAUAUAAUUAUUAUAAAAUAUUAGCAUCAGCUGGAAUCUAUCCAGAUGAUGAUAGAUNAAUCGUACACCUGCUGCAGUCUAUAUUUUACCACCUGGACCUUUGAA